AGAAUACAUUACAAUACCACGCCAAAAUAAUAGAGUGUUCCCGUGUUAUUCGAAUAAAUUUACAAAUGUACUUAGGAAAUGCAAAGAUAUUUAAACAAUAUGAUUAAAACAGUAUUAAUUGACUUAAGUGGCACAUUGCACGUGGAUAAAUCAGCAAUUCCCGGUGCUCCUGAGGCAUUAUCAAAAUUACGCGCAGCAAAUAUAAGAAUUAAAUUUGUAACGAACACUACAAAAGAAAGUAAACGAUUACUGCAUGAAAAUCUUACAAAUUUGGGCUUCAUUAUUGAAAAAGAAGAGAUAUUUACAUCCCUAACAGCUGCAAACGAAUUAAUAGUAAAGAAGAAUUAUAAUCCUUUAUAUCUAGUUGCUAAUGAGGCUCUUGAGGAUUUACCAAAACAGAAACCAGCUGACAAAGUUGAUGCAGUAGUAAUAGGGUUGGCCCCAAAUGAAUUUCAUUAUGAGAAAUUAAAUGAAGCCUUUAGGUACUUAAAUGAAGGUGCAUCCCUGAUUGCAAUCCAUGAUGGUAGAUAUUACAAAAGAAAAGAUGGUUUGGCUUUGGGUCCAGGUUGUUUUGUAAAAGGUUUGGAGUAUUCAGCUGGUGUCAAAGCACAAGUUGUAGGAAAACCAAAUGUUUCCUUCUUUCACUCUGCUUUAUUGGAUGAAAAACCAAAUGAAGUUGUCAUGGUUGGUGAUGAUAUUCAAAGUGAUAUUGGUGGUGCCAUAUUAGCAGGCAUGCUGGGAAUAUUAGUCCAAACAGGCAAAUAUCAGGACAGUGAUUUGACAAAGUUCAGUGAUAUUAAACCAACCGUUAUUGUCCCGUCAUUUGUUGAAGCUGUUGAUGAAAUUAUAAAAAUGAAUGCUACAUCUGCAAUAUGUGAACAACAACACUAAUUUCCUGUUUAGUUUACAUGUAUUUUUAAUCUAAUACUCUGCACCAUCUAUGAGUAAGCAGAUAAAUCAAUAUACUCAGAAUAUAGUCUAA